CGCCAUGUUUUACCGCCUUUUAGUGCUCUCCGCUGACCUGGAAUUAAAAUCAAGUUAGUUGUUAAGUUUGUAUUUUAAAGUUGUUUGUUGUCUGUGGUUUAAGGAUGUUUUAGCGUGGUUUUAUACGAUGUGGUUGGCAAAUUCAAGGGAUGGAAGAAAAACUUCACAACAUGGACAAAGGAGAAAGGAAAAAUGAAGUGAAAGCAAAGAACUGUACCUAUUUUUUUAUUAAUCAAGUAUUUUUUUCCUUCAAUGACAUAAAACAUGAAGCCACGGGAACUCUUUGCCACCUUUUACCCAAAACAGCGUACUCUACUUGAUUAUUUAUCUGCCGUCAAAGACAGACUUCAUUGUCCCAAUGACCCAAAAGCCUAUAACGACAUGCUGAAACAGACUAUUGUAUGUUACCAUGACAUUGAAGUAGACUUGCGUUGUUUUACUCCAAGUGUCAGAGAGGGUUGUCACAUGAGGGACGUGCUGCAGAGAGUAAUAGAAAUUUCAUGUCAUUCGUUAAUUGGAAGUGCAGGAAAUAUUGUUUCGAUUGGAUACCAGUUAGUGAGGGAUAGGAACAAUAGUACAGGGUGUGCAUCAUCUACGGCGACUGUCGUCAACAAAUAUCCUAAUUCUGCUGUUGAUUUUCUUUCGUCAAAGUGUUGGCAGGCACUUCACAAGCGCAUAGGGGAUGAUCUUAUGAUUCAUUUGUUGAAGGACGUGAGCUUGUUUGUGAUGGUCAAGAAUCAAUGUUACAUGCAGGUAGCCGGGUACCCUAUGUACAACCUAGAAUGCAUACGGCAUGGGGAACAAGAAGAUGAGUUAUCCUCAACCACGCAAGAAAUGCCAGAUGAUGCGAACAUGCCCAAGGAAACUAUACAAGAUAGGAUGUUGCAAGAAGCUGUCUUUCCAUCACUACCAGUAAGACAGGAUAAACCCUUGGAACAAGAUUUUAGACAAAAUAUGGUACUUGCUGAACAAAUGGAUUCACAGGAACCAGUGGCACACCAAACCAUACCUGGUGAAGAAGAACCUGAACUAGAAAAAAUGGAUUGUGAAACUGAAAUAUCUGAGUUAUUAAUGGUAGAACAACAUAGUUUUGUGCAAGAAGACAAUAGACAAGGGCAGGAACCCCAAGAAACAGCAUUUUCAAGACAAAGAACGCAAGAGACACCUUUGCAGGUGGAAUUUUCUGGCACUGCUGAAGAAAUUCCUCAAAAUAUUGUCGUACAAGGGACGAAUUCCAUUGCUGGGCAUCUUUUAAUGCAACAGCAAAAAACAUUGGAGUUUUGUGGAGUGAACGACCAGUUAAAGGAACCAAGGUGCAACAAGAAGGUGAAAAAGAUGAAGAGAAAGAAGCCAAGCUGCUUUGAAGAACCCUUCGCAAAGAAACCAAGAUAUUUAAAUUCUGAAAAACCCAAAAAUGGUAAACGUAAGGACACUUCUUCAAAUUUGUGUUCAAAGAUUUUCACACUUUACUUUCCUCAACCCGCUUUGAUGUAUUCUACAAAUCUCGGAAACAGAUUUCCAAAAUGUCACAUUCUGUCUUCCACUACAGCAAGCAAACGAGGAGCAACCAAGUUGAUUGAGGAUAUCUUCAUCGAAAGGGAAUUCGUUUUGCACAACAAAACAAAACAAGUCAAAGUUGUUGCCAAGAAAAAUGGGGUCAGAAGGGAAGGCGAAAAGAAGAAGAAAAACCUGCGUUUACCGAAACGAUUUGUGAAAAUAAAAGGAUUGUUUGACAGAAUGCUAAAACGACACAAAAAAUGCCGCUUCAAUGCGCUUUUGAAACAUCAUUGCAAAGGUAUGGUUGACCUAUCCGAGGAAAAGGAAAAACAGGCUGAAAAGCCGAUUGGAAUUCAGGAAAAACUGGUUCAAGUUGAGAAAAAACAAGCUGGAUUUCAGGAAAAACGAGUAACGAUCCAGGAAAAAGUUGUGGGAAUUUUGCAAAUUCGACCAAGUCAGGAUGAAAGGAAAGGAAGAGAGGAGGAUAAAAACCAGAGUAAAGAUGGAAAAAUUCAGGAGAAUCACGAGAAGAAAUCUAAUUUAGAAAAUAAAAGUGUUCCAGGAAGAAAMGUGUCGGAAUCAAAGCAGGAAAAGUACGAUCGAGCUGUACAGAACUUUAUUCCACGUUUUCAGGUUGUUCGUUUUGUGGUUGCAGUUUGUAACCGUGUCAUUCCCAAGGAGCUCUGGGGUUCGCCUCAAAACAAGAAAGCCUUUUACAACAAUCUAAAAAGCUUGAUCAAUCUAAACAAGGGAGAAAAGUACUCAUUAGGUCAGAUGGUCAAUGGAAUCAAGAUAAGAGAAUGCAAGUGGUUAAGAUGCGAUGCAGGUAGAGACAAAGGCAUCCCGUUGAGUGAGUCCGAGAAGCAACGAGAAGUGCUGUACAAGUGGGUUUGGUGGUUGGUCAGACGCUACAUCAUGGUAAUCCUCAAGAGCUUUUUCUACAUAACCGAAAAUGCUGGCCAAACUAGAGAAAUUUAUUUCUAUCGUAAACCAGUGUGGAAGAUCAUCAACGAUUUUGGAGUGGCUUCCAUGAAGAGUGAACUAUUGAAACCACUUUCCAAAGAUGAGGCAACAGAAAUCUUAAGUUCAAAUUCGUCACUUGGAUAUUCUUAUAUGCGAUUUCUACCCAAAGCGCAGAAUGUUCGACCUAUUAUCAAUAUGAAGCACCAACAUUCUAGCAACGCUAAUAAUAAAAUCCAGGCGUCGAUCAACUCCAGAUUAAGGAACCUGUUCGAAAUCAUCAAAUUUGAGAAAAGUAGGGAGCCACCUCGCUCAGAGUCGACGGUGUUUGGAAACGAUGGUGUGUAUCAAGCUCUGAGAGCGUUUCAUUUGAAGAGGAAAGGACGCCACGACGAGAGGAGCUUGUACAUGGUACAUGUGGACAUCAAUAAGUGUUUUGAUAGCAUUCCAUUGCAUAAGUUGUAUGGUAUCAUGGAAGGAGUGUUUGAAGAGGAAGAGUACAUCGUGCGUAGAUUUGUGGCGAUUAAAAGUGUGAACAACAUGGCGAGGAAGGUGUUUAGCAAGAAAGUUGAUGGUGGAGAAGAUUGCAGAUCUUUUAAGCAGUUUCUUGAAGAUAUGAUUCAGGAAAAUAAUCUCAACAACGUGAUCUUUGUCGAUCAAGUUUAUUACAACUGUGAAGAUAGAGAGAACAUCCUUGCUCUGCUGAGAAGACAUCUCUUCGAUAACAUCGUCAAGAUUGGCAGUAAAUUCUACAAGCAAGUUCAAGGAAUUGCGCAAGGCUCCAUUCUUUCAACAUACCUCUGCAGCUAUUUCUACUCCCACAUGGAAAAGCGCUACCUGCAACAAGUUAUACAAGACGAAUUGUCCCUCUUGAUGCGUUGGGUGGAUGACUUUUUAUUCCUAUCGCCCAACCGAGCCCUCGCGGACACAUUUCUGCGCACCAUGCAUGCUGGGAUACCUGACUAUGGCUGCCAAAUCACCUCCAGGAAGACACUGGCUAACUAUGAGACGACAGAUAGUGAUGGGAUCCCAGUGCGUUGCGUCGGUCGAGACGAGCCUUUCCCUUGGUGUGGCUUUCUCAUUCACCCGGAUUCUUUGGAAACCAAACUGGACUUCUCAAGAUACGAAGACAAACACAGGAAUACCGUGUUGAGAAAUCUCCAUUAUCAUCCUGGUCGCAGUCUCCUUGAAAAGCUAWGGUAUAGUCUUUUAAACAAGAGCCAUCCUCUUCUCCUGGACACUGAAAUUAACAGCCGCUCCACCGUCUGGUCCAACAUUUUCGAGGCAUUCUUUUGGUCUGCAUGCAAGUUUUACAACUAUUGUCGUGGCUUCCCUAAGGGUCGAAAAAUUGAAGAGAACCCUUCGCUUUGCAUGCGAGUGAUCCUCGCRUUACCUCUGUUCUUUUGUGCUCAAGCCGAGCUGAAGUUUAAAAAGCUGUCGCUGAAAGAACUAAAGAAACCAUCGAGACGACACGUCUUUGGAGUCAGUAAAAACGAGGUAGAGUGGCUUUGCUUACAGGCAUAUAUUAAGUACCUAAAGAAGAAACCAUCUUUUAAGAUUGUGGUCAAGGCUCUCAGAAAACGCAUUCCAAAAGUCCUAGUGAAAAAUCCUGUCAUGGCACCAAAUUUCUUCAGCUGUCAUCUUCCCAUGCCUAGAGGGCACGUCUCAAGCUGAUUUCCUCCGAGUAUCAGUUCAGUGCUUUGAACAAUUUAGUCACGUUUAGUUUUCAAAAAUUCAUUCCGUUAGUCGUAGUUUAGCUUCAUUCCAUUUUUAGAAGUAAAAAUGGCAGCCAUGUUGGACGAUGUUCAAUAUUUAAGUGGGUCAUAAUCACUACUAAGGGAAUAAAAGUGGCAGCCAUGUUGGAUAUUGUUCACUAUAGGUGGUUUGUAAUCAUUCCUAAGAGAAUAAAUGUGGCAGCCAUGUUGGAUGAUGUUCAC